UUUUGACACUAGGGGGAAAUUGAUCAUUCGCAAAAGUCCCCCGAACGGGGACCGGGCUCGCAUGCAAGGUGGAAUCAGACCAUUUUCAUUUCGUCAAUUUGCACAUCCAAGGCAAAAGCCUUCUCUGUGUAGGUGAGCGACCGACGGGUGUCAACAACGACGUCGUUUUUGUGUCGGAUCUCCGACCAGUUGAAGUGAGAUGGCGUCUUCACAAAAUGUCGAGUUGGAAGCAGCAAAGUUUUUGCACAAGCUCAUUCAAGAUUCUAAAGAUGAGCCUGCAAAAUUGGCUACAAAACUUUACGUGAUAUUGCAACAUAUGAAAUCAAGUGGGAAGGAGGAUUCAAUGCCGUAUCAAGUUAUAUCAAGGGCCAUGGAGACUGUUAUGAAUCAGAAUGGUCUUGAUAUUGAAACUUUGAAGUCAUCACGUCUUCCUUUGUCCAGUGGGACUCAAAUGGGGGAUUCAUCAGCAGCUCAAUGUGCAGGAUCUUCCUCACAGGUAGUUGGAGUUGCAAAAGAUCCCAAGAUGGGCUUGAAUGAAAAUGAAAUGUCUAAAAUUGACCCAUUUACUCAUAGUAGGGCACCUGUGGGCUCUAAUACAGGAGGACAUGAUUAUUAUCAAGCAUCUGGAACUCUUAGAAAUAGUCAGUCUUUUGACCAUGAAAGUCCAUCUAGUUUGGACACUAGGUCUGCCAAUUCGCAAUCCCAAGAAAGGCAAAAAGAUGUUAAAAAGGCUACAACUAAGAGGAAGAGGGGUGAUUCAUCAGUUCCAGUGGAACAACAAAAUGAGAGCUCCCAGCAACAUGAUUUACGUAACACCGUGGUUAAUGCAAGGAGGGGGAAGAUGAAUAAGGUUGAAUCACCUGGGGGUUUUGCAGUUAAAGGUGGUGAGCUUUCGAACUUUAACAUGAUUCCAAGUUGUGGUCAAAUGGAACAUUUUUCAUCUUUGUCUGGCAACAUGAGUUCAGUGCUCGGAGUCAAGCAAGAGGGUCAAAAUGUUGCUGAAAAGCCAAUGGAUACAGCUAACCUUAGUAAUUCAAUUUCAAGGACUUCAGCUUCAAAAUUCCCAGAAGAGGUGGAAGUUUCCUCUUCUCAUAACACUUUGGGACAGCAGCGAGGGAGUUCCCUUCCUUCUACAAAUGACAAUCUGGCUUCCAGGGGUGUAUGGAAUAGAGCAGGGCUUCCAUUUGAAAGAUCUCAUGUUCCCAAGUUUUCUUCAAAUGCUGUUUCCAGUAACAUGAUGUCAGAAUCUGCAAUGCAGCAUCCAACAAUAUCAUCUCUUGCAGGAAGUGCAUUUGGCAAGGUUCAUGGAGGGUUACCUGUUGGCCCAAGUUCAUUCCGAACAGGAGAAUCAGGCUUCUCAAUGCUUAAUCCAGCAGAAGCCCAUCUGUCAAAUAUUCGAGGGGAUGAAACAUCUACAGUGCUUGCCAGUGGAAAGGUUGUGGAGCAAAAUGGAAGUCCAAACACGUUAACAGAUUCAAAUAGAAUUGUUCAGGUUGGCCGCCAAAAUAGCAUUUCAGGUACUACUAUGCUUAGAACCACACCUUCUAGGGAUACAGGUAAAUCUUCUGUUUCCCAGGCCCCUGCAUUUUCUGGCAUGCCUUUCAAGGAACGACAGCUGAAGCAACUCCGAGCCCAAUGCCUUGUAUUUUUAGCCUUCAGAAAUGGUUUGAUGCCAAAGAAACUGCACCUUGAAAUUGCACUUGGAAACAUCUUUCCAAGAGAAGGUGGCAAUUUAGAUGUUUCACACAAGGAAUUCAUGGACCACCAUGCAGCAAAACCGCAAUGCUUGAAUGAUCAAAGUAAUAUUCCUGGAGUUGUGCCACCAUUUGGAAGGCUGAGUAAUGUCAGGGAAACUGAUCGAAUUCCUUCAGGUGCUUCAUCUGCUGGAAGAAUCCUGGAGGCUGACUCUUUGGCCAGGGAGACUGAGAACUCAAAGUUGAUGGAGGACAAAAGUGGCUUGCCUCCUGACCAUUUUGUACUUGCAGAAGCAAAACAACUACCAGCUACAAGAAAAACAGAGGCUGAAAUGCAGAAUCAAGACGCACUGGGAUCGCAGACAUAUUUGGUGACUGCAUUGCAGCAGCCUGAAUUUAUGAACUCUGAGAUGAAUAGCUGGUCUGGUGCUGGAAGUCAGAAUGAUGUUUCAAGAAGAGCCCUACCAGCCUCUGCUAUUCAGCAUGAUUUGGGGCCAGAAAUAAAAGACAAUGCUCCUAGUCAGUUGCAAAGUGUUGUUAACAGUGGUCUUUCAGGAUAUGAACAUGCUGAUAGUUACUUGCCUUCUUUGUCAAUGAGGGGGCAGUGGAAACCCGUUUUAGGAACUAACAAUGAUCAUCGUGCAAUGAUUUCAAUGAAAGAUGCUAGUUUGAUGCCAAAACAUGUGUCUCAGGACGAUUCAAAGUUUUCAGAUGGGAACAAAGCACUUUCAGUUGAUAACUCAUUUAUAAAUGGCAUUGCUUUCACAGCAGAGAAUAAUGAGGAAGAUAAGUCACUAUGUUCUAAUGUGCCACCAGCUCCAAAGUAUACCACGUCAGAGAAAUGGAUUAUGGAUAUGCAGAGAAGGAAACUAUUGGCUGAGCAAAGCUGGAUAGUAAAGCAGCAAAAAACAAAGCAAAAAAUUUCUGCAUGUUAUGAUAAGUUAAAGGAAAAAGUGAGCUCAUCUGAAGAUAUAUCUGCCAAAACCAAAAGUGUCAUAGAAUUGAAGAAACUGCAAUUGUCGGGACUUCAACGUCGUCUCAGGAGUGACUUUCUAAAUGAUUUUUUUAAACCAGUUUCAACUGACAUGGAUCGGUUGAAAUCAUAUAAGAAACAUAGACAUGGUAGAAGGAUAAAACAGCUUGAAAAGUAUGAGCAGAAAAUGAAGGAAGACCGACAAAAGAGAAUUCGUGAGAGGCAGAAGGAGUUCUUCAGUGAGAUAGAAGUACACAAGGAGAGGCUCGAUGAUGCAUUUAAAAUUAAGAGAGAACGCUGGAGGGGUUUCAAUAAAUAUGUUAAGGAGUUCCAUAAAAGAAAGGAACGUGUUCAUCGUGAGAAGAUUGACAGAAUCCAGCGUGAGAAGAUUAAUUUAUUGAAGAUAAACGAUGUGGAGGGUUAUUUACGUAUGGUGCAGGAUGCCAAAUCUGAUCGGGUAAAGCAACUUCUCAAAGAAACUGAGAAAUAUCUUCAAAAGCUUGGAUCUAAGCUGCAAGAGGCUAAGGCUAUGGAAAGUCGUUUUGAACAUGAUAUAGAUGAAACAAGAGCUCCAAUAAUUGAGAAGUAUGAGCCUGCUGUGGAAAAUGAAGAUGAAAGUGACCAAGCGAAGCAUUACUUGGAAAGCAAUGAGAAGUACUAUUUGAUGGCUCAUAGUAUUAAGGAGAGUAUUUCAGAGCAGCCAACUUGUCUUCAUGGUGGAAAACUGAGGGAGUACCAGAUGAAUGGACUAAGGUGGUUGGUAUCACUUUACAACAAUCAUUUGAAUGGAAUCUUAGCUGAUGAAAUGGGCCUUGGAAAAACUGUCCAGGUUAUUGCUUUGAUUUGUUACCUUAUGGAAACCAAAAAUGAUAGAGGACCCUUUUUAGUGGUUGUACCAUCAUCAGUUUUAUCUGGGUGGGACUCAGAAAUCAACUUUUGGGCCCCUGGAAUACAUAAGAUUGUAUAUUCUGGGCCUCCAGAGGAGAGACGAAGAUUAUUCAAGGAAAAAAUUGUGCAUCAGAAAUUCAAUGUUCUCCUGACAACGUAUGAGUAUCUGAUGAACAAGCAUGAUAGGCCAAAACUUAGCAAGAUACAUUGGCAUUAUAUUAUAAUUGAUGAAGGCCACCGCAUUAAAAAUGCUUCUUGCAAGUUGAAUGCGGAGUUGAAGCACUAUCAAAGUUAUCACAGAUUGUUGUUAACUGGAACACCACUGCAGAAUAAUCUUGAAGAACUUUGGGCUUUACUCAACUUUUUGUUACCGAAUAUAUUCAAUUCAUCAGAAGAUUUUUCUCAGUGGUUCAACAAACCAUUUCAAAGUAAUGGAGACAGUUCACCUGAUGAAGCUUUGUUAUCCGAGGAGGAGAAUCUGUUAAUCAUAAACCGUUUGCACCAGGUUCUACGGCCAUUUGUACUUCGGAGGCUGAAACACAAGGUUGAAAAUCAACUGCCUGAAAAGAUCGAGAGACUUAUAAGAUGUGAGGCUUCCGCCUAUCAGAAGCUGUUAAUGAAGAGGGUUGAAGAAAAUCUUGGUUCAAUUGGAAAUUCAAAGGCUCGGUCGGUUCAUAACUCUGUUAUGGAGCUUCGAAAUAUAUGCAAUCAUCCGUAUCUCAGCCAGCUUCAUGCAGAGGAGGUUGAUACUUUAAUACCUAAACAUUUUUUGCCACCAAUCGUUCGACUUUGCGGGAAGCUUGAGAUGCUGGAUAGAUUACUGCCAAAGUUGAAAGUGACUGAUCAUCGGGUUCUCUUCUUUUCCACCAUGACUAGGCUGCUUGAUGUCAUGGAGGACUAUCUUACCUUUAAACAAUACCGAUACCUUAGGUUGGAUGGGCAUACAUCUGGGGGUGAUCGAGGUGCCCUCAUUGACAAAUUCAACCAACAAGAUUCACCCUUUUUUAUAUUUCUUCUCAGCAUUCGUGCUGGUGGUGUUGGAGUUAAUCUUCAAGCUGCUGAUACUGUGAUUAUAUUUGACACCGACUGGAAUCCUCAGGUUGAUCUGCAAGCACAGGCAAGGGCUCAUAGGAUUGGCCAGAAAAGGGAAGUGCUUGUUCUUAGAUUUGAAACAGUUCAAACAGUUGAGGAACAAGUUAGAGCUUCAGCUGAGCACAAACUGGGAGUUGCUAAUCAGAGCAUUACGGCUGGUUUCUUUGAUAAUAACACAAGUGCUGAAGAUCGUAGGGAAUACUUAGAGUCUUUACUGCGGGAGUGUAAGAAAGAGGAAGCUGCACCUGUGUUAGAUGAUGAUGCUUUAAAUGAUGUCUUAGCCCGCAGCGAAUCUGAGAUUGAUGUGUUUGAAUCAGUUGACAAACAAAGGCGAGAAGAAGAGAUGGCAAUGUGGAAAAAGUUGGUUGGCAGACAGGGAAUGGAUGGUUCUGACUCUUUACCUCCCUUACCUUCUCGUCUUGUUACUGAUGAUGAUUUGCAAGCUUUCUAUGAAGCAAUGAAGAUAUUUGAUGUAUCAAAGACUGUGGUUACACCUCAAGCUGGUGUAAAGCGGAAGAAUAUGUAUCUUGGGGCCCUUGAUACUAGACAAUAUGGAAGAGGCAAGAGAGCAAGAGAGGUGAGGUCCUAUGAAGAGCAAUGGACAGAAGAGGAAUUGGAAAAGAUGUGUCAGGCUGACUCUCCUGAAUCCCCUAAGAUGAAAGGAGGAGGAACUGAAAAGAACUUGCCAACAGUCACCAGCAGCUGUACAAUAGUGCUUGAUAGCACAGAACCUCCUGCUGUACUCUCUCCAUCUUCUUCACCCCCUGUAUCCCUUCCACCCCCUACACCACUCUCCGUGGAUCCUCCACAUUUACAGCAAAGCAAAGAGGUAACACCACCAUCUAAGCGGGGCCGUGGAAGGCCAAGAAGGGCAGAAAAAUCUCCAAUUGCAAUGGUUAUCCCUGCAUCUUCUGGAACAUGCAAAGUGGAGACAGGGCUACAGACAGUCACCAGCCAUUCAGCAACCUUGGCUCCUGGUUCAUUGCCUGGAUCUACUGCUUUCAGUGGAUCUUUACAACAUGGUGUAGGGAUUGCUCCUAGUUCUCAGCCAACCUCUGUGUUGCAUUCUGCUACUCCUGUCUCACAAUCUGCACCUGGAGGCCCUUCCAUACCUACGCAAUCAAGGGGACGAGGCCGGAAGAUUCAGAGUGGUGAACAAGCUACCCAUCGUAGGGGAAAGAAACAUGGCUCAGUGUUACCUGCUGUUCCAGAUGGUUUAUCAAGUCCUAGUACUGAUCCCAAAAUAAAUGAGCAAUCCCAGAAUAAAUCCGAGAUGCCUGCUGGGAGCCAGCCCAUUGCCAUAGGUGCCACUGGUUCUAGCAUUCCUAUUGCCCCUGUUCCUGAUUCUUUACCUAGUUCUGCUGUUAAAGAUGCUUCUGUUGUAGGGGAUGCUUUGAAUUCUGCAACAGUCAACCAUGUAACAUCCGUUCCUUGUGCUCCUCAACCCCCCAUUCCCUGUCCUCCGGCACCCAUGCAAACUAAAGGGCAGAGCAGAAAGACUCAAAGUGGAGUGUCAACCCCCCGGCGUAGAGGAAAGAGGCUGGCAGUGCUCUCACUUCCGGCUCCUGCUGGUCUGGAUACCAAAUCAGGUCUUCAAUCAGAAGAUAAUUCUGGGGAUUUGUUAGGGUCUAAUUCUGUUUCAGUGAGAAGUAAACAAGAUAUUGUGUCUGAGGUAUUGCCAAAUGUGAUUCAGGAGCAAGCAUCGGGUGUUUGUGAACCUGUUGAUGUUUCUAGUCAGGGAAAAAAACCUAUUGAGCAAUCAGAUAAUGCUGUCCAGCACCCUCAUCCAACAAGCUCAUUGGGAGUGCAUGAUGUCAGUUGCAAAUCUUCUGUUUCAGCUCCUGAACAAGUUCCAAUUGAUGAUUUAUCUGGCAUCGCUUCAGGGUCAAUAGAGGAUUUAUCUAAAAAUAGCUCUUCAAACGGUGGGGUUGUUCCAACUUCAUCUGUAUCAAAUAAAACUGUUGAGUUGAUCAGGAACCAAAAUUCCGAGGACAAUGCUCGUACAGAUAUAUCAACUCUGAAGACUGCAACUCAAGCUGUUGGUCCUGUAGCUGAUUCUUUUCCUGCUUCUGCUGCUGUAGAAGACACAAAUAAAAUGAUGCAGCGUGUUGCUGGGGCAAUUGCUCCUGGUUUGCAGUCAAUUUCUACUGACCCCUCUGUUGCUGCAGCUUAUCAAUCUACCCCUACUCAGGCUCCAGAAUCUGUUCCAGUGAAAAGGCAAUGUCGUAAAACUCCUAACAGAGGAGAAGCACCUAGGCGAAGGGGAAAGAGACAGGCUUUGGGAUUAUCUGGAAUUCCUGAUGGGUCUGUUGGUCUAGAUCCAAAAUUAAAUCAGCAAUUACUUAGCAAUCUCGGGGAAAUGAUGGGAAGCAAAACCAUUGACCCAGGGAGUAAGCAAGAGACUGAAACUAAGGAACUGACUGUGGUUGUCCAGACAGUAGCAUGUGAAGUACCAUCUCCUUGUGGUUUAGCUGGUCAGGAUCCAAAACGAAAAGAAACUUAUACAAACCCAGUUCUUGGUCGAAUUCAGACUGCUGUAACUGAUGUUGCCCGUGUCAUGAAGGAGAUUUUCUCAGAAACUUGCUCAGCAAAAGCUAAAGCUGGUGUAUGUUCUGGGAUUGAAGCUAAAGACAAUACAAUGCCUGUAUCCAGUAACACCCUUGCAGAGGUGGCCCAAAGCCAAAGUUCAGUGGUUAAAGUGUGUUCAGAGAUGCUAGCUUUGGAAACAGUCCCUCGAAGUUUUCGCACCAAUAAGAAUAAAGAGCAGCCUGGUACAGAAAGUGAUGGAACUUUUAAAGGCGGCACUGAGAUUUUCUCUGUCACUUCCUCGUCUAAAGAUAAAGCUGUUUGCCCUUCUCAGAGUGAAGAUAUGACUGCCUCUAUUAAAGCUGGUUCAGAGCAUAAAACAUGUGCUGAGAUGCCAGCUUUGGAAACAGCAAGACCAGGUUUUGACUCUGCAAUCGGUACACAUGGGGACCACAUUAAAACUGGAAAUGAUGCAAAAAGUAAAAGUGACAUUGCAGUUGCAACUGAAACAAGCUCAUCUAAAGCUGGUGUACCUUUUGAGAGUGAAGGUAAUGAUGAUAAAGCCUGUCCAGAUAUGCCUACUCUGGAAACUGAACCUUCUGGUUCUGACAUUCUAAUCAACAAGCAUAAAGAAUCUGGGACUGAAAGUGACACAAAAGUUAACGAUGACAAAGAUAUUUUCUCUGAAACUUGCUCAUAUAGAGCUAUAGCUGGUGAUUAUUCUGGGAGUGAAGGGAACCGUAUUGCUAAAAUUCGAAGUUCAGAUGAUAAAUCCUGUCCUUACAUGCCAACUUUGGAAAGUGACCCUCCUGGUUUUGGUGUUCGAAUCAACAAGCAUAAGGAGUCUAGAACUGAAAAGGAUGCAAAAGUUACAGUUGACAAGGAUAUUUCCUCUGAAACUUGCUUAUCAAAAGAUAAAGCUGGUUACUCUACUGGGAGUUAUGUUAUGAAUGCUCCUGUUAUAGCUGUAUCCAUGAGCACCACCAUGGAGGUGAUCCAGAACCAGAGUUCAGAAGAUAAAACUUGUCCAGAGAUUCCGACUUUGGGAACAGCCUUUCCAGGUUUUGAUAUCACAAUUAACAAGCAUAAGGAACAGUCUGGGACUGAAAGUAAUGCAAUUAUUAAAGGCAACGAUAAGACUGUCUCGGAAACUUGCACUGUAGCUGGAGACUCUCCUAGUAGUGAAGGUAUGGAUGCUCAUGGUAUAGCUGUAUCUGGAAAUACUGUUGUAGAGGUGGUCCAAGACCAAAGUUCAGAGGUUGGAACGGGGCUACAGAUUCCAACUUUGGAAACAGCCCCUUCAGAUCUUGACUUUCCAAACAACAAGCAUGAAGAACAGCCUGUGACUGAAAGUGAUGCAGAAAUUAGAUGUGACAAUUCUGCUUUCUCCUGUGAGCCUCAGGCCUUACAACCUGAAGCUUCCAAACCUGAAAGGAAGACUGAUGGUGCUUCUACUGAGAACUCGGGUGAUUUAAGAGAACCAAGACAACUUCCUGAUGACCAAUCAGUAGUGGAGAGUACCUCAGAGAUCACUUGUAUAGUUCAGCUCAAUGCUAACCAAGAGAAUGAUGUUGCUCAGGAGUUACUUGCACCUAACAGUGAUCACACAGGUUCUAAUAGAGGGUUAUCCAGCAAGGUUCCAGGCGUGGUACUGCUUUCUGACACUCAGAAUAAUUUUGGGAAUACAACAAUGCCUUCAUCAAAUGAUUUUUUAAAAUCAUCUUCUGUUGGUCUAGGCGAUGCUGAUUGUAAUACAAUUGCCAUGAACGAUGAUGAUGAUACUGGUGAUCAUGGCAGAAAAAGCCCACUUGCUUUCACUACAGCAUUGCCUCCUAGUUUAAUUAAUCCUUCCUCAAAAGAGUGUCUAGAAACUUCUCUUCUUACUCUCAGCAGCAUCGAGGCUUCCUCAAUUUCAACAUAUGAUCAAAUAGAUGUUUCUAAGGAUAGUGGGGUAAUGCCAGAGAACUUAUCUGAGGACUUGGGUCCAGCUUCAUCUGCACUAGCAAUUGAGGAAGAUGUGAUUGAGGGCUGCUCAGAGAAAGAUUCUGUAUGCAACUUAGUGGUACUACAUAAUCCAAAGGUGUCUGAAGCAGUUAAUCAAAAGGAUGUUUCUCAGAGUGUUGAGUCUGUAGGUGAAGAAGAUGAACAAAUUGAUGUCUCUCAGGCUGACAGGGGUUUGGGUCUGGCUUCAGCGUUGGUGAUUGAGGAAGAACAGAUAGAUGGUUCCUCUGAGAUUGAUAUAGUUGGAAACUUAGUGUCAGCAAAGGAUUCAAAUGCUUCUGUAGGUGAAGCAAGUGAACAAACUGAUGUUUCUCGGGGUUGUGAUGCCAUGCCAGAGACCUUGUCAAAUGACUUAGAUCUGCAUUCAUCCUCCAUGGUGAUUGAGGAGGCAAAAAUUGAGGGAUCCUCGGAAAAAGUUCCAGUCGGCAGCUUAGUGUCAGUGGAGGAUUCAAAAGGUUAUGUAAGUGAAGGAGGUGAUCAAAUUGAUGUUUCGAAGGGUGGUGAUGAUGUGCCAGAGAACUUGUCAAAGGACUCAUAUCUGCCUCCAUCCUCCAUGGUGAUUGAGGAGGAUACGAAUGUGGGAUUAUCUGAAAAAGAUCCAGUUAGCAACUUUGUGUUAGUGGAGGAUAUAAAAGUCUCCAUAGGUGAUGCAGGUAAUCAAAUGAAUGUUUCUUCAGGUGCUGGGGUUGUACAAGAGAACUUAUCUGAGGAUCCAGGUCUGCCUUUAUCCUCCAUGGUGAUUGCUGAAGAAAAGAUGGAUGGCACCAUUGGUGCCCCUGAGAAGGCUAUAGUUAGCAACUUAGUGCCAGCAGAGGAUUCAAAAGCUUCUGUAGGUGAAGUGGGUGAACAAAUUGAUGUUUCACAGGGUGUUGACAUUAUGCCAGAGAACACAUGUUAUGACUUAUAUCGGCCUUCAUCCUCCAUUGUGAUUGAGAAGGGAAAAAUUGAGGGAUCCUCUACCAAAGAUCUAGUUGGAAGCUUAGUGUCAAUGGAGGAUUCAAAAGGUUCUGUAGGUGAAGCAGCUGAACAAAUUGAUGUUUCUCAGGGUGGUGAUGUCAAGCAAGAGAACUUAUUGAAGGACUUAGAUCUGCCAUCAUCCUCCAUCGUAAUUGAGGGAGAAAAAAUAAAGGAAUCCUUGGAAAAAGAGCUAGUUCACAGCUUGGCGUCACUGGAGGAUUUAAAAGGCUCUGUAGGUGAAACAAGUAAUCGAAUGAAUGUUUCUUUGGGUGUGCGGUGUGUGCAAGAAACCUUAUCUGAGGAUUUGAGUCUGCCCUUAACCUCCUUGAUGGUUGAGGAAGAAAAGAUAGAUGGUUCCUCUGAGAAGGAUGUAGUUAGCAACUUACUGUCAGCGGAGGAUUCAAAAGCUUCUGUUGAUGAAGCAGGUGAACAAAUUGGUGUUUCUCAGGGUGAUAUCAUGCCCGAGAACUUAUCAAAUGAAUUAGAUCUGCCUUCAUCCUCCAUGGCAACUGAGGAAAAAAUUGAGGGAUCCCCUGAAAAGGAUCCACUUAGCAGCUUAGUGUCAGUGGAGGAUUCAAAAGGUUCUGUUGGUGAAGCAGGUGAACAAAUUGACAUUUCUCAAUGUGGUGACAUCAUGCCAAAGAACUUAUCAAAGGACUUGGAUCUGCCUUCAUCUUCCAUGGUGAUUGAGGAUGAAAAUUUUGAGGAAUCCUCUGAAAAAGAUCCAGGUAGCAGCUUAGUGUCAGUGGAGGAUUUCAAAGGUUCUGUUGGCAAAGCAGGUAAUCAAAUGAAAGUUUCUUUGGGUGCUGGCGUUGUGCAAGAGAACCUGUCUGAGGAUUCAGGUAUGACUUUAACCUCCUUGGUGGUUGAGGAAGAAAAGACAGAUUAUUCCUCUGAGAAGGAUAUAGUUUUAGUGUCUCUGGAGGAUCCAAAAGGGUCCGUAGCUGAAGCAGGUAAUCAAAUAGAUGUUGCUUCGGAAGCUGGGGUUGAGCAAGAACCUGUUUCGGACCACUUGGUUCUGCCUGCACCUUCCAUGGAAGUGGAGCAAGAAAAGACACAGGCUUUGUCUGAGAAGGAUCCAGUUGGGGUCUCAGUCUGACAGGAGUUAGAAUGACCCUGUGCAGAAUCCUGUCAUAUCUCAGGGUGGGGGAGCUGUGCUAGAAAAUGUGUUAGAAGAUGUAACCCCGCCCCUAUCUUCCUUAGAGAUGGUGGAAGAAGUAACUAAAAGCUGAUCUGAGGACCAUGAUAACCAAUUCAAUGGCAUCAGAGGAAGCAAGAGGAUCAGAAGUUGAGUAGAUGUACCAAGUUAGGGUUCUUGUGUAGUAUUGUUUGAAUCUCUUGCUGUAUGUAACGUAUUUUUCAAAGGCAAACUCGAUGUAUUCAGAUAACUAACUGCACUAUUGGGCCUGUAUAUAAUCCCCAUUUUAUCAA